UUGGCUAAGCAGCGUUACUGAAGCUACCAUUAGUGAAGCUCAGCAUCUUGAAUUUAUCCAAUUUCAAAGGGAAAGUUGGCCAUGCUAGUGACUAGUGAGUGAGAAGACCCUGCUUAUUACAGUGCAGCGUCCACAUAUUCACAGACUGUAUAACAUAUGAAAACUGAAUAUGAAACACCUAUAACAUUAAAAUCAAACGACCUGUGUGUAACGGACAGCAUGGGAAGGGGGCGUUGACAGUCACAUUCAUGUGUUACAUAAAGAGCAGGAUAAAGGACUGAGCCCUGUGCAUGCUGCUGGGAGCCGUGUCUUGCCCGUCCAGCUCAGGAGAACCGUAGAACAGCCUUCAUUUGAUCAAAAGCACAGGCAGGCUGAGAGGAAAGAUGGCGGCUUCCUUGCUGAGGAUAGGACGUUUAGGCUGUGUCAAGUGUUUGCAGGCUGAGAGCUGGAGUACUCUGAGGAGAGCGCCUGCAGCUGCAGCCUUUAGCACAAAAUCCGAGGGUUCCAAGAAGUCGACAAAAAAGAAAAACUCAGACAAAAACCAGGCUAAAACAUUCUUCGAUUUAGAGAAACUUGUCCAGCACAAGUCAUAUGACCUUCCCAAGAAAGAAGUUUCUCCAGCAGCAGCUGUUGCAGCAGCAGAAGCUGUUGCUAAAGCAGCUGCAGGUCCCCCCCCCGCUGCUGCCGCACUUGAGGCUGUGGCAACCACCCCGGUGGUAGAAGCUGCGGCGCCCGUGGUAGAAGCUGCGGCGGUAGUCGAGGCUGUCGCCGACGUGGCGCCCGUGGUCGAAGCUGUCGCCGACGCGGCGCCCGUGGUUGAAGCUGUGGUCGAAGCUGUCGCCGAAGCGGCGCCCGUGCUUGAAGCUGUGGUCGAAGCUGUCGCCGACGCGGCGCCCGUGGUUGAAGCUGUGGUCGAAGCUGUCGCCGACGCGGCGCCCGUGGUUGAAGCUGUGGUCGAAGCUGUCGCCGAAGCGGCGCCCGUGCUUGAAGCUGUGGUCGAAGCUGCGCCCAUGGUGGAGGCUGUCUCAGAAGUAAUUGUAGAGGCUGUGCCAGCGGCUGAAGCUGCCGCCCCAGUGGUUGAAGAUGCUGCAGCAACAGAACCUCCUGCUAAAGUUCCUGUUGAAGCUGCCCCAGUAGAAGCUGCUCCAGAGCCCGUGGCUGAAGCUGCCCCGGUAGAAGCUGCUCCAGAGCCCGUGGCUGAAGCUGCGCCUGUAGAAGCUGCGCCUGUGGCUGAAGCUGCUCCAGAGCCUGUGGCUGAAGCUGCGCCUGUAGAAGCUGCGCCUGUGGCUGAAGCUGCUCCAGAGCCUGUGGCUGAAGCUGCGCCUGUAGAAGCUGCGCCUGUGGCUGAAGCUGCUCCAGAGGCUGAAGCUGCCCCUGUAGAAGCUGAAGGUUCUGGCCCUGUGGAGGGAACAGAGGAGCUGGUGGACCCGGCUCCAGUCGUAGCUGAAGCUGCAGGAGAGGAGCUGCGGGUGGAGGCCCCAGCUGAACCAGUUGAACCGUUUAAGGCUCAAAUGGACCCAAUUCAGAAGCUCUUCCUGGACUCCAUACGCCAAUAUUCUUCAAAAAGCCAGGCAACGGAGGGGUUAGUGGAUGCAGGAUCAGAUUAUGAAAAGGCCUGGGCGGAUGAGGUGUCAAAGCUUGAGAGACUCUAUGGUGGUGGGGACCUUACAUCUUUUCCAGAGUUCAAAUUCACAGAGCCCAAGUUUGAUGAAGUUGCCCAGAAGUAAACAGCAGCACUAUGCAAUUGAACUUGUCUAAUGUUGCCUUUUACCUGUACACCAUACACCUGUAUCUGCUUAAUGUCAUAUUUACAACAAACCAUUGCCUCUAGCUUUGUAUGCAAUUAUUAGAUCUGUUUCAAUUGCUAGCUAUGCGAUGAGUAGAAGCUAAAGCAUUGGAUGUACAUUUCUGGCAGACAGUUAUUUUAGGGCUGUGAAAUAAUCUUUGUAUAGAUAGAUCUGUGGCUGAGUUAAAUGUGAAUAAACCAAUAAAUUCAAGUUCAUAUU